CGCCCAAAUUGCAAGUGAAGAGAACCAGUUCAUUAAUCAUUAGUGAGCCAGCUCAUCAAGAGUAAUCAGUGUCUACAUCACAUUUUUGAGUUCGAAUGUGCUUUGUGCUGGGCGCUGGGCAAAAUGCACGAGGCAAUGGAACAAUUUCAGAAGAUUGAGAAGAUCGGCGAAGGAACAUAUGGCAUAGUCUAUAAAGCCAAAGACAUUGAAACAGGCAAACUUGUGGCUCUCAAGAAAAUUCGAUUAGAAUCGGAAUCAGAAGGAGUGCCCAGCACUGCCAUAAGAGAAAUUACUGUCUUAAAAGAACUUGACCAUCCACAUGUUGUAAAACUGCUUGAUGUAGUCCAUGUUGAGAAAAAGAUUUACCUUGUCUUUGAAUAUCUAAACCAAGAUCUGAAGAAACUGUUGGAUUCGAUGCCAUGUGGUCUGGAACCCAAAGCAGUCAAGAGCUUCCUCUGGCAGAUGCUGAAGGGUAUUGCUUUCUGUCACUCACACAGGGUACUGCACAGGGACUUGAAACCACAGAAUCUCUUGGUGAACAAAAAUGGUCUGUUAAAGCUGGCAGAUUUUGGUCUUGCUAGAGCAUUUGGUCUCCCUUUACGCUCCUACACACAUGAGGUUGUUACUCUUUGGUACAAAGCCCCUGAAGUUUUGCUGGGAGCAAAGAUCUACACUACCUCUGUUGAUAUCUGGUCGAUCGGCUGUAUCUUUGCGGAAAUGCUCAAGGGUCGUACUGCCUUGUUUCCUGGUGACUCGGAAAUUGAUCAACUUUUCCGCAUUUUCCGAACGAUGGGGACACCUGAUGAGACCUGCUGGCCAGGAGUAUCUCAGCUUCCCGAUUUUAAGCCUUCUUUCCCCAAAUGGUCGGGUUCCAGUUUUGAAGAAAUGUUUCCAAGAUUAGAUAGCGAUGGCCUCAAUCUUCUGAUGAAACUUAUGUUAUACGAUCCGAACAAGAGGUUAUCUGCUAGACAAGCCUUACACCAUCGCUACUUUUCAGGAUUUCAACUGCCCAAUUUUGAAUAGUCUUUCCAAGCAACUAUCCAACAGUCCAACGAUUUUACGCUUAUGUUCACACAAGUUUAUAUUUCACUCUCAACCAUUCAUUUUAACUUUCAGAGCAGCGUUCUAUUAUUUAAGUUCUACCGUUUCAAAACGUUUACGGAAAUGGCCUUACAGCGUGUAGAGAACUGUAAAUAGUAACCCGGGAAAUAUAGAAACAAUUAACCGCAA